GUCCUUGACGCGUCGUCGCAGCGGUGUGACCACCAAGCGCACCUUCUAACAGUUUUCGCUAGCGCUCGACCAGUAGCCGUUUUAUUUCUGUUGCAGAAGGACGUUGGGACCAACAAAUGUUAGUGUGAGUGUAAGAAAACGUCGCCAAACCGCCAGAAAAAGAUGGAUCUGUGGUUCCUCCUAGUAGCCAUAGUAUCAGCGACCCUUGGUGCCAGCUCCGCACAACAAGAGGGAAGCAUAUGCAUCAAAGCAAACGCUCAGUCAUGUGGAGAAUGCAUCCAGGUCUCUGAGACAUGUGGGUGGUGCACGGAUGAAAACUUCCUCUCUGUGGGUGAAUCAAAGUCAGCUCGUUGUGACGAUCUGGAGUCGCUGAAGAAGAGAAAAUGCAGUGAGGCCAAGAUUGAGAAUCCACGCGGAAACGUCACCAUCAACAAGAACAAACCCGUCACCAACCGCAACAAAGAGAGUAACCUGAAGCCUGAGCAGAUCACCCAGAUCCAGCCCCAGAAGCUCUCACUGACACUCAGAUCUGGCGAGCCACAGACGUUCACGCUGAAAUUCAAGCGAGCUGAGGACUACCCCAUUGACCUGUAUUACCUGAUGGACCUGUCCUUCUCCAUGGAGGACGAUCUGGAAAAUGUGAAGAACCUUGGCACUGAUCUUAUGAGGGAAAUGCAGGCGAUCACCUCUGAUUUUAGGAUUGGAUUUGGUUCCUUUGUGGAGAAGACGGUGAUGCCCUACAUCAGCACCACGCCAGCCAGGCUCAUCAACCCCUGCACAGGGAACCAGAACUGUACCAGCCCCUUCAGCUACAAGAACGUCCUGAAACUGACCAGCAACGGCGAAGAGUUCAACCGGCUGGUCAGCCAGCAGCAGAUCUCUGGGAACCUGGACUCUCCAGAGGGGGGCUUCGAUGCCAUCAUGCAGGUGGCGGUCUGUGAGGAGCAAAUCGGCUGGAGGAACGUGACCCGUCUGCUGGUGUUCUCCACCGAUGCUGGCUUCCACUUUGCAGGAGACGGCAAACUGGGAGGCAUCGUCCUGCCCAACGAUGGACAGUGUCAUCUGGAGAACAACAUUUAUACCAUGAGCCACUACUAUGACUACCCCUCCAUCGCCCACCUGGUUCAGAAACUGAGCGACCACAACAUCCAGACCAUCUUUGCAGUGACUGGGGAGUUUCAGCCUGUUUACAAGGAAUUAAAGAAUCUCAUCCCUAAAUCUGCAGUGGGUACUCUGUCUGCCAACUCCAGCAACGUCAUCAAACUUAUUAUUGAUGCUUAUAAUUCUUUGUCCUCUGAGGUCAUUCUGGAGAACGGCAGACUGCCAGAGGGAGUUUCUAUCACCUACAAAUCCAUCUGUAAGAACAAUGUGGUGGGAACAGGAGAGAAUGGCAGGAAGUGCUCCAACAUCUCCAUCGGAGACGAGGUACAUUUCAAUAUUUCCAUUGAAUCCAAGAAGUGUCCGUCACACGGCAAACCUGAGGUCAUUAAGAUCAAACCUCUGGGUUUCACGGAGGAGGUGGAGUUGGUUCUAAAAUUCAUCUGUGACUGUGACUGCGCUGCUAAAGGAGAACCCAACAGCCUGACGUGCCACAACGGCCACGGCACCUUCGAGUGUGGAGCGUGCAAGUGUAACGAGGGACGGAUUGGACGUGUUUGUGAGUGCAGCAAAGACGAAGUCCGGACGGAGGAUCUGGACGCAAACUGCAGAAAAGACAACGGCACUGACAUCUGUAGCAACAACGGCGACUGCGUGUGCGGCACCUGCGAGUGCAAGAAGAGGGAGAACCCUGCAGAGAUCUACAGCGGCAAGUACUGCGAGUGUGACAACUUCAACUGCGACCGCUCCAACAACAAGCUCUGUGGAGGUAAUGGGCGCUGUGAAUGCAGGAAGUGCAUCUGCGACACCAACUACACAGGCAACGCCUGCGACUGCUCUCUGGACACCACCUCCUGUCUGGCCAAGAACGGCCAGAUCUGCAACGGGCGCGGGACCUGCGAGUGCGGCAGCUGCAAAUGCACAAACGCCAAGUUCCAGGGUCCCACGUGUGAGAUCUGUCCCACCUGCCCUGGAGUCUGCACGGAGCACAAAGAAUGUGUGCAGUGCAGAGCUUUCGAGGCCGGUGAGAAGAAGAAUACGUGCGAACAGGAGUGCAGCUACUUCAACCUACUCAAAGUGAAGAAGCUGCCCCAGCCCACAGACCAGAGCUUCCCCCUGACCCACUGCAAAGAGCGAGACGCCAACGACUGCUGGUUCUACUACACCUACGCUGUCAGGAACGACACCAAGGAGGUCUACGUGGUGGAUACCCUGGACUGCCCUGCAGGACCUGACAUCAUCCCCAUCGUGGCAGGCGUGGUGGCCGGCAUCGUGCUGAUCGGCCUCGCGCUGCUGCUCAUCUGGAAGCUGCUCAUGAUCAUCCACGACCGCAGAGAGUUCGCAAAGUUUGAGAAGGAGAAGCUGAACGCCAAGUGGGACACACAAGGGAACCCCAUUUACAAGAGUCCCAUUAACCAGUUCCAGAAUCCCAGCUAUGGGAAUAAAGCUGCUGCUCUUUAGGCCAAAGGCGAGAAUCCAAUCUACAAAAGUGCUGUAACAACCGUCAUCAAUCCAAAGUACGAGGGCAAAUGAUGGAGCUUUGCCUGCACUGUGACAACACUGUAUGGAACAGACGACGAGCUGAGGGGGGCGGGUUUUUUAACACUCACUGUUUGUUUUGUUGUAGACACCCAAUGAUAGCGAUGCAUUUUGCCACUGUUCCUGUUUGUUGCAUUAAUUUGUUUUAUCUGAAAUGUGUACAGUCUGUCGAUGUGGAGGUUCAUGUUUUGUUUCCUCUGCAGAACUUGAUAAUGUGUUGUUGUUUUUUUUUUUUUUAAAUUUCCGCCACAGGAAGCAGCGAGAACCUACCUGUGCCUUUGUUUUAUUGGAACGGUCAAGCCAUCAGUGUUUUAUGGGUUCGGGGGUGAUGAGAAUUGGCAACUAAUGAAGGGUUUCUUUCCAUAUAACCAUGUGCAUACAGUGUUGGGUGGGUGGCGGCCUCUCAGGCUGCUGGACAUAACGGCUUAUUGCGUGUAUUCAUCGCUCAGUAGGUGUCACUCCGUAUUAAAGGCCUCUGGACUUAACUCUUCAGAUGCAGCAGCGGCUGGUCGUUUUUGGCAGCAGUGAAUCGUGUACAGUAUGUUUGGGUUGUUUGUAAAGCCAUAUAUGUAUUCACAGAAGAGGACUGAAGGUGUUAGUAUGUUUGUUUGUGUUUAAUGUUUUCCAUAAAUAAUUUGUCUGAACAAUCAAAUGAAAAGCAUCUUCAUCUAGUAAAGAGGUUUUUGUCCGUCGGUCUGACAUCAGCGUGCUGCUGUUUGGCUCCACGUGUUCCUCGCUUCAUUUUAAAGCCAACUCAGGUCCUUUAAUUCUCCACAGCAAAGCCAAAUACAUGCAAACUUGCCUUGUUUACUAAUUAAACAGACUCAUAUUUUAAAUGCCUUAUCUUAGAUUGAAUAGAACCUGGGGAAAUGCUCCCAGUUUUUCCAGCGACGUUUUUUGGUGCUUUGAUCAAAAUGGGUUUUAUAGAAGCAAGUGGGAAUCUUGAUGAUGCAUUUAGUUUUAACGAUGAGCGUUGUAGAGUUUUACUGGCUUCCACCUUUUCACCAUUGAUUUUAAGUGCCUUUUUAAAUUGCUGCAUCGCAUUCACAUUUACAAUUCUGUAUUUCUGAAAUUAUUUAUUGAAUAAACAUUUGAAACCCUG